AUGGGCCCGCCCCACGCCGCGCAGGACCCCGCGCCGUCGCCGUCUGGCGGCAGUGGCUUCGGCUCCUCCAGGCGCCGCCUCCGCCGGCUCGACCGCCGCAACGCGUCCAAGAACAUCAGCUACAACGCCCCCAACUACUGCCAGUACCCGCCGUCCCCGCAGCCCGCCUCCGCGCCGGGGUCCGGGCCGACCUCGCUCGCCGCCUCCGUCGCCUGCUCCCUCGACCUCGUCAACAGCUUCCGCAUCGGCGGCAGCGGCGACGGGGGCGGGGACCUCCGCUUCCUGUACGAAAACCUCGGCCUCUCCGGGCCCGACGACUUCGCCAUCCCGCUGGCCGACUGGGAGGCGCACAAGGCCAUUCGCUCCUCCACCUCCGCUUCAAGCUCCCCCUCCUCCGCACGCCCCAACCACGACUCCCCUCAGCGGGACUCACCGCUCUGUCAGGUGGGUGCCGAGGAGCCCGCCCAGGCUGCGGACGCCGACCCGGAGCUACCGGCCGCAACGGGAAGGGACGUCCCAAUCGAAGCUCCGGAGCGGCCGGCGCGCCUGGAUCCGCCGCCCGAGUCCACCUUUCCGGAUGCGAGGAGGGCAGCUGGGGAGGGAGGAAUCAAGGGCGUGCGCCCGCCGCCGGUGCUCAAGCCGCCGCCUUCGAUGGCGCUGCCAGCUGUCUGCGGCGUCGGAUCCACGUGGGAUAUCUUGCGGUCGUUCGCGCCGGAUGAGAAAGAGGACGCCCCCGCGAUCAGAUCUGGCCGUCGUUUUGGACACCGGGAUGCAGUGGAGAAGGAUGACGACGAGGAUGGGGCGGUAUUGUUAAUGUUGGACGAUCUUGGGCUGGAGGAGUCGUCCGAGGGCUUCACUGGUACUUCUUCGCUAUCAACGACCAACGAUGACGAGACCUCAAGCACCACCACAGAAUCCAUGUUCUAUAUCUCACCGAACGGGAGGUUUAGGAGGAGGAUCCGGUCCUGGAGCCGAGGGGUGCUCCUGGGUAGUGGCUCGUUUGGGACAGUCUAUGAGGGCAUCAGCGAUGAGGGUGUCUUCUUUGCUGUCAAAGAAGUAAACUUAUUUGAUCAAGGGAGCAAUGCGAAGCAGUGUAUCUUUCAGCUUGAGCAGGAAAUUGCACUUCUGAGCCAGUUUGAGCAUGAGAAUAUAGUGCAGUAUUAUGGAACAGACAAAGAAGAUUCAAAGCUUUACAUCUUCCUUGAAUUAGUGACCCAAGGAUCCCUUGCAUCAUUGUAUCAGAAAUAUCGCCUGCGUGAUACUCAUGUCUCUGCAUAUACAAGACAAAUCCUUAAUGGGUUGACUUACCUCCAUGAAAGGAACAUUGUUCAUAGAGACAUUAAAUGCGCAAAUAUUCUGGUGCAUGCCAAUGGAUCUGUGAAACUUGCAGAUUUUGGACUCGCUAAGGAGAUUACCAAAUUCAAUGCAGUUAAAUCAUGCAAAGGAACUGUUUAUUGGAUGGCACCUGAGGUUGUCAAUCCAAAGAAGACAUAUGGACCUGCAGCUGACAUAUGGAGUCUUGGUUGCACCGUCCUAGAGAUGUUGACACGCCAAAUACCCUAUCCUGACCUCGAAUGGACACAAGCUCUAUACAGGAUUGGUAAGGGGGAAUCACCAGCAAUUCCAAAUGCUCUUUCAAAGGAUGCUCGUGAUUUUAUAAGCCAGUGUGUAAAAUCCAAUCCAGAAGGCAGACCAUCAGCAUCCAAACUGUUGGAGCAUCCAUUCGUAAACAAGUCAAUAAGAUCAGUACGGUCUAUGAGGACGACAUCUUCACGCUCGAAUUCAUCUACACGUGGCAUCAAUUAA